AUGGCGACAACAGCAGAGUCGACUCCCCUCCUGGCGAAGAAGCCCGAUCGUCCUGCUCGCAGCGUUACUUUCAAUCCCACCAUUGCGACGAGCAGCCCGCCACCCCGUAGACCCAUGUUCCCGACAUCUGGUGCGCUUUCAACAGGCGCAGUCUCAACAUUAAAUACACCGCCGAGAGAUGGUAGCCAGCCCAUGCUCUCGGCCCUCAACAGCAAACUCCGCAGAAGAAACAGUCAAGGCGCUCCAUUGACGAUAGCUCCCGGUAUUCCCGCCGCAAAGAUCGGUCCUCAACGCACAACAAGGACUGCUCAGAAGUUAAAACUCUUACCCAAUCCGGAACACGGGGAUGACGGUCCCGACGAAGAGAGUGGUCGCGAUGUUUACUCGCAGUUCACCAGGAUAAAAGACCCCACUGCCCGUCGCGAUGCCGCAAGGCUGGGCAAGGACGAUAGAGACAAGCUGCCUCGUGUUACCGCAUACUGCACAGCCAGCUCAUACCGUAUGGAGGAUCUGUUGCGCUUUCUCAAGGGACGCAAACUUAAGAAGGCUGCACCAAAGCAAUUCGACGAGUGCAUAUACACGCCCUACCAAUACAACGCCAAGUCGGAACUGCAGCAAGACCAACCCAGUGUUGUACAUUCUACCGCUCAACGCAGAUUCUCCGACAGUGCCAUCGAGGUCGAAGGUAAUGCUGAGAGGAGACGAGAAGAUCUGCUGGACUUGCAAAAUGACAACCGAGAGUCGGCAAUAAUGGACAAUCACGAGGCCUCUACAUCGAGCGAGGCUCUGAUCAUGCCGCACAACGACACACCUGACUUCGACACGACUGUUCACGUUCCCGAGGUCUUUUGCUUCGAGUACGGAGUGGUGGUGAUAUGGGGCAUGUCUGUCCAACAUGAACAAAAGUUCUUGAAAGAACUUGCCAAAUUCGAGACGGAGAAGCUCUCAAAAGACGACAUCCAACAGGAAAAUUUCAACUUCUACUACACCAAGGAAUACCAGGCUCGAAUCUACAAUGACUUUAUCAGUUUGAGAGAAAAGAAGAAUUACAUGACCAAACUGGCCAUCAGCCAUGCUCUGGCACAAAGCACAAAGACAUCAUUAUACGAAGACUUGGUAGACAACACGAUCGACGUCAACAAGGAGAUUCCAGCACAGAUUGCGCUUACGGGCAAGGUCAACAUGUCACGCAAGGAGAUCAACAUGCAAAUCGGAGAGCUGUUUAUUCUACGAAUCAACAUCCAUCUUCAAGGAUCAGUGCUGGACGCACCAGAACUCAUGUGGGCAGAACCGCAACUGGAUCCUGUUUAUCAGGCCGUGAGAAGUUACCUAGAGAUGGACCAGAGAGUGAGUCUCUUGACGGAGCGACUGGACGUGAUUGCAGAUCUUCUGGCCGUGUUGAAGGACCAGUUGACACAUUCACAUGGUGAAUACUUGGAGUGGAUUGUGAUUGUACUCAUCGCAGCCGAGAUCAUCGUGGCUGUCAUCAACAUUAUAGUCGAUCUGUACGCAGGCGUGGAUUGA